AUGGAGGUAAGUUGUAACCUUUGUAACAUUUGCACUUUAUUUUAUUGUAGUCUGGACAGCAAGCUGUUGAUAUGAAUGUGAAGAAGAUCAUCAAUUCAAGAGCUAUUAAGUUCUUCAAAGUUGGAGAUCCGAGGGAGGUAGGGUACUAUAAUAUAUGUUUUUGUGGUUACAGUGUAAGGCUAAUACGUCUGUUUAGUUUUUCAUAACUUUAUAUUUAAAAUGAAAAAAAAAUAUUUUUUAAAAUUUCAAAAAUUUUAAAAUUUGAAUCUUCAGACCUUAAGACUGACGACAGAACAAAUUGACACAACGUUAAGAGAAGGUGAAGUUUUGACACGAUGGAUAGCCAGUCCAGUUCAUCCCGCUGACAUUAAUAUAGCCAGAGGAGUGUAUUUUUAUAAAAGAGAACCUCCAUCAUGUUUGGGGAUUGAUGCUUUUGGCAUUGUUGAAAAAGUAAGUAGUCUAGCCUGGACUUUAGCUCUAGCUCUAGCUCUAAAUCUAGUUCUAGCUUGAGCUUUAGUUGUAGCCCUAGCUCUAGCUCUAACGCUAACUCUAGCUCUAGGUCUAAAUAUAAGCCCAGGUUUAGCUCUAGCUCUAGUUGUAGUUAAAGCUCUAGUAUUAUGUUCAGGUAUAGGUGUAAGCCAAGGUCUAGUUCUAGGUCUAUUUAGGCAUGAAGAACAGGCCGACCCAAAUGUUUUUACGGGGAAACGGGCUGGGCCAAAAUUUUUCGGGAUCUCCAGGCUUGGUCCGACCCAAAUUUUGCUCAAUUUAAGCUCGUUCUUCAUGUUUAGGUCUAUUCUUAACUUUAGCUCAAGGUCAAGACCAAGUUCAAGAUUAAGAUCAAUAUCAAUAGCAAGCUCAAGCUCAAGCUCAAGCUCUAUCUCUACUCUCAAUCUUAUUCUAUAGUGCCCAUUCCUCAUUCCAGGUCGGUCCAAACGUAAAGCACAUCAAAGUGAACGAUCAUAUAAUGCCGAUGAUGCCACAGACUCAAGGUGGCUUUUGGAGAGAGCAUCAAGUGUUAAAAGCUGACGAAGUAUACAAAUUGAGAAAAGAACUGCCAUUAGAAGUGAAAGCCACAUUGGCUGCCAACACUCCAAGUGCUUAUCUAAUUCUGACACAAUUUGUAAAGCUACAGAAGGGAGAUUACGUGCUACAGAAUGCUGCUAACUCACAGGUUGGGCGGAUGAUUAUUGAGCUUUCUAAAGGUAAGACUUUUUCAGCUUUGGUACAAAAAAGUGUACUAGUGGUACUGCUCUUGGUACAAAAAAAAGUUUACUAGUGAUACUAUUUUUGGUACAAAGUGUUCUAUCAAUUUUUUAAUUUUUACAAUAAAAAUUUUAAAAAAAAAUUUUUUUAAAGUGUACCAGUGGUACCACUUAAGGUACUGAGUGUACCAUUUUGAAAGUUUGAAAAAUUAAUUUUAAAAUUAAAAAUUUUAGUUUUUUUAAAAUUUUUUACAAUUUUAUACUAUUAGUACUAUUAACAGUACCAAGUGUACCAUUUUUAGAAUUAAAAAAAAUUGGCCUUGAAAUUCACAAAUUUUAAAAUUUUUUAAAAAUUUCAAACUUGUCUCAUUAAUACUAUUAACAGUACCAAGUGAACCAUUCUAACUUUUUAAACUAAACAUGCCAUUCUUUUCCAGCCCUCGGUUACAAAUCCAUAAACGUUGUCCGAGACCGUCCAGAAAUCGAAGCCGUGAAGCAAGACCUUCUGAAUCGUGGAGCCAACUACGUGUUCACAGAAUCCGAAUUCAAACAACAAGGCAAAGAAUUCAUAAAAUCCCUGGAUCGCCCGCUAAAACUGUCGAUAAACGGAAUCGGUGGCAAAAGCUCCAUUCUAAUGUCGGCCAAUUUGGCCAAGUUCGGCACGAUGGUAGUGUACGGCGGAAUGAGUCUGAAGCCACACGAGAUUCUCACAUCGUCGCUGGUGUUCAACAGUAUCAAGGUGGUUGGGUUCUUACUGUACGAUUAUAUCAACUAUGAUAACUGUGAAUUCACGAAAAAGGUGUACGAAGAGCUACAGGAUUUGUUUUUGACGAAGAAUGUUACGGCUACCCCCAUGGAGAAGGUGAAUUUCGAGGAUUUUAAGGUGGCGGUUGAUAAAACUAUGGCUGGUGGUCAGUUGAAACAGCUACUGAUGAUUACUAGCGAUGACAAAUGUCAGUUGUGA